AUGAUGAAGUACGACACGAUCCACGGAAAGUAUGACGGAACCGUGGAGGUCGAUGGCGACUCGCUGGUGAUCGACGGGCAGAAGGUGGCUUUGUCUCACACCCGCGACCCAGCCGAGAUCCCUUUUGGAGAGCACGGUGCGGAGUACGUGUGCGAGUCCACUGGCGUCUUCCUGACUACCGACAAGGUGCAGCCUCACCUGAAGGCGGGCGCCAAGAAGGUGAUCUUCUCCGCCCCCGCCAAGGACGACUCGCACACCAUCGUCAUGGGCGUGAACGAGGACCACGGGACCCUUGUAGAGUUCUGCGUUCCUGCCUGGAAGGACUGGCGCGGCGGCCGUGCGGGUCCAGGCAACAUCAUCCCUUCCUCCACGGGCGCCGCCAAGGCUGUCGCGAAGGUCAUCCCGGACGUCAAGGGCAAGCUGACCGGCAUGGCCCUGCGUGUGCCCACCAUCGAUGUCUCCGUGGUGGACCUCACCGUGGAGCUGGAGAAGGAGACCACCUACGAGGAGAUCUGCGCAGAGAUGAAGAAACGCUCCGAGGGUGACAUGAAGGGCUACCUGGGCUACACAGAUGAGGCCUUGGUGUCCACUGACUUCGAGACCUGCCCCAUCUCCUGCACCUUCGACUCCAAGGCUGGCAUCAUGCUCGACCCUACCUUCGUGAAGGUGGUGUGCUGGUAUGACAACGAGUGGGGCUACUCCUGCCGCGUGGUGGACCUGAUCAAGCACAUGGCCGCGGAGGACGCCAAGGCGUAA